UAGGUUGUGCUGAAAUGAAACUGGGUCAGGCAGACUCGAGGCAGGCCGAGUCAGGCCGAAGCUCGAGAAUCGUCCAGGCGUUUUCGGCACGAAGCAGUCCCUUGGAAACCACCCCGAAGCCCGUCGUUGCUGUGCCACUUCGUCGGCCUUCCAUUCCACCCUUAAAGCCUACGCUCGCUCCGAGACGAAACUUUAGCCCUCACUGAGGCCGCGAAGAAGACUCGGCGAAGAAGCAAACGGGAUUAGGGACUGUUGAGGCGAGGGACACAAGCAGAGACAUGGACAAUGUGCAAAUGAUCGGCACUAAAAUCACAGCAAUCAAGGAAUACUUAUAUAAUUUCGCACGAACGCAUUCACCCACCAGACUAAUGAGUUCCGAAAACACCUACUCGCUCUCUAAGGAGCAUUGCAACUUGAAGUACUCGGACAUUCUGCCACAAAAUGCAGAAGGCUAUCCGGCGACUAGAGAAUUCUUGAUGAAGGUAGUGGAUAUUCUGCUAGACUUCAUCAAAUCAACGAACGAUAGAAAUGCGAAGAUCCUCGAUUUUCAUCAUCCUGCCGACAUGAUGCGUUUGCUCGAUCUGGAAAUACCUGAUAGCGGAUUGACUCUGCAACAGCUCCUACUGGAUUGUUCCAUGACCUUAAAGUAUCAAGUGAAAACAGGACAUCCACAUUUCUUCAAUCAAUUAUCAUGCGGCCUCGAUUUAGUGUCCAUGGCCGGCGAGUGGCUAACCGCGACGGCAAACACGAAUAUGUUUACCUACGAGAUCGCUCCCGUGUUCAUUUUGAUGGAACACGUCGUCCUGCAAAAAAUGCGCGAGCUCAUAGGCUGGAAUUGCGGCGAUUCCAUUCUCGCUCCAGGAGGAUCUAUUAGCAAUCUUUACGCCUUCCUUGCGGCCAGGCACAAAAUGUUCCCGUAUUAUAAGGAGAAAGGGCUCUCUGCUAUUGGAGGACAGCUGGUUAUGUUUACGUCCGAUCAGUGCCAUUAUUCCGUGAAAUCAUGCGCUUCCGUUUGCGGCCUCGGAACGGAUAACUGCGUAAUGGUGCCUAGCGAUGAACGCGGUCGCAUUAUUCCAUCGAAGUUGGAGGAAUUAAUUCUGGAGCGUAAGGCCAAAGGUCACAUACCGUUCUUCGUGAAUGCCACUGCGGGAACAACGGUUAUUGGCGCAUUCGAUCCGAUUCCGGAAAUCGCUGAUAUCUGCCAAAAAUACAAGCUCUGGCUGCAUGUCGACGCGGCUUGGGGUGGUGGACUGCUUCUGUCGAGAAAGUAUAGGCAUCCGAGAUUGAGUGGCAUCGAACGGGCUGACUCGGUGACAUGGAACCCUCAUAAACUUAUGGGAGCCUUGCUUCAAUGUUCCAGCAUUCACUUUAAGGAAGACGGGCUACUGAUCAGCUGUAACCAAAUGUCCGCGGAAUAUCUGUUUAUGACGGACAAGCUAUACGACGUGAGGUACGACACUGGCGAUAAGGUCAUUCAAUGCGGACGUCACAACGACAUUUUCAAGCUUUGGUUGCAAUGGCGCGCCAAGGGCUCAGAUGGCUUCGAGAAACACAUGGAUCGACUGAUGGAGCUGACGGAGUACAUGGUUAGAAGAAUCAAACAAAUGCCCGACAAGUACUAUCUGAUUCUCGAGCCUGAAUUGGUGAACGUCUGCUUUUGGUAUCUACCUACGCGCGUGCGAAACAUGCCACAUACCGCGGAGAGAAUAAGAAUUUUGGGCGAGAUUUGCCCCAUCUUGAAGGGCCGUAUGAUGCAAUCUGGCACGCUGAUGGUCGGUUAUCAACCGGACGAUCGACGACCCAAUUUCUUCAGAAAUAUUAUUUCCAGUGCCGCCGUGACGGAAGCCGACAUCGAUUUUCUCUUGGCCGAGAUGGACCGAUUGGGUCAAGACUUGUAAGAAAUCUGUCCAUAGGCGUUAAUCAUACAAUAUGCAGUGAUUUAGAUGACUGACCGUUUGGCAAAAUUGUAUUCUUCGCAUUCAGGAAAGACGUGUGUGCGAUGAAUUUGAAGCAGAUCAAAAUUCAUCAAUUAAACGCAAGAUGCGCGAAGGUAUGUUUGAUUUUAACGUUGUGACAGAUUCUCGAUUUUGUUCUUGUAAUUUUUUUCAGAAUUUUUACGUCAAUUUUUGACAGUGUUUACUUUGUUUCCAUCAACAUCUUAAUAUUACUUUCUAAAUAUUAGCGGCAUAAUAAUUUUGAAUUCUUUUCGCGUUUCAAUUUUGAAUUGGAAAAAAGUCAUCUUUAUACGCAUUCUUUCGCGUUGAUUAACAGAGGAAUAAUUUAAUUUAAUCUAAAUCUUAUCGCUGAACGAAAAAGAUGAUUUCAGUGAAAGGUCGAUGUGUAGUUAAAUAAUGCUUCUUUAUCCUGCGGCCAGUUUGCAGCAGCAAUCUAAAUAUCGAAAGAUAUUAGUAGUACAUAAGUUUUCUAGAUUUAAACGAAACACACAGCAUAUCUCCGAGAAACGAAAGGUGACAAGUUACAGAAUUAAAGAUGCUUCCGGCCGAUAAAUUAUGCAGAUUCGUUAUUUUUCACUGCUCGAUGCAUGAUAAUGAUAAUCAAUGCGUGUGAUGAAACUAUUAAUCUCUCGUUAAUCGAAGCAAUAAUAUAUAAUUGCUUUCCAAAUAAAAUACUCAAGAUAAAAUCUUUCAUCUCAAAAUGUGAAUUGCGUAAAAUAUAUAUAACAUAUUGUUUAAAAUUAAUCAAAUUAUUUUUAAUAGAUACACUUGUUAUUUUGAUUAAUAUCUUUAUUGAGUUAAUUUUGAUAGAUUUAUAAAUAUCACGAUUUAUAUUAAUUAAUUACAUAAUUAAAUUUACAAAUAUAUUAAAUUAAAUAUAUAUAUUUAAUUUGUUAGCUAUCUUUGUAUAGUUUAUUCGAUACGAUUAUAUAAAUUAUUUAAUACGUUUUAAACUGUUAUUAUUCCUUUUUCUUGUGAAACUUUGCAGUUUCAAUUAUUGAAUUAUAGUUACGUAAUUAAAAAAAAUUGAUUAAGGUCUUUUAAACUUAAUUUGUAAAAAUG